UCCUGAGAACAUUUUUACAGAAGUGAAGUUUGGGCGAGCACAGCCAGCUGCCCUUUCACAUACACAGUGGCGGGCUACUGUAACUCAGUUUGGGUUCUGUUGGACUCGUAGACACACAGGCAGACUAUGGAGCUGCUCCGAACAUUUUUGUGUGUUUUAUCAGUGUUAGUCUCGGAGAGGUUUGUGGCGCUUGAUGCCUUCUCUCAGUCUAUGGACAGUGACUUCACGUUCACUCUACCCGCCGGUCGAAAGGAGUGUUUCUACCAGACCAUGAAGGAGGACGCCUCGCUGGAGAUUGAAUAUCAGGUAUUAGAUGGUGCAGGCCUUGAUGUAGAUUUCUUCAUCUUCUCUCCCUCUGGCAAAGUUCUCUUCAGUGACUACCGCAAAUCAGAUGGGGUACACACCGUUGAAACCGAGGAAGGAGACUACAUGUUCUGCUUUGAUAACACAUUUAGUUCCCUCUCUGAGAAGAUCAUCUUCUUUGAGUUGAUCCUAGACAAUGUGGAAGUAGAUGAAGACCAUGAUGACUGGAAGGAAUAUGUUCAUGGAACAGACAUGGUGGAUAUGAAGCUAGAAGACAUUAUGGACACGAUCAACAGUGUUAAGGCUCGGCUUAGCAAAAGUGUACAGAUCCAAACAGUGCUGCGAGCAUUUGAGGCUCGAGACAGGAACAUCCAGGAGAGCAACUUUGACAGAGUGAACCUUUGGUCUGUAAUAAAUCUCAUCCUCAUGAUGUUGGUGUCAGCGGUUCAGGUCUACGUAGUUCGAUCGCUGUUUGAAGAUAAAAGGAAAAUCCGUACAUAAUGCUUCCCCUAAUGGAGUGACGGAGAAGCUGAUGCACUUGCCCACAGAUAACUUUGGGAUUUUUUUUUCUCAGCUGAUCCGCGAUCUCCCAGCUUGUGACUCGAAACACAAGAUAUUUUCCAACCAUGCACACAUACAGAUAUACUGAUAUUCUUAAUAACAAUGUUGCCACAAUUAUUAAUAUCCAGUCCACUGGAAUUUAAGGGUCUGGUUUGGAGCAGAAACAUACAUCUGUCAGUCUCUCAACUUUGUAACCUCAACCUCUAUGACAGGAAAACAUUUGCCUUUCUUGUUUUAUUUUUGUUUAUUUUUAUAGCCCUAACUCUUUAAGAAAAAAAAAACAAAAAAACAUGAACAUGCAUGGUUGUAGUGCAACUAUUUUUCCAACAAAAUCUAAAAUGAGAGAGCCUUAAAUCAAAAUUCUGAUUCAGAGAUGUUUUAUCUGAGCGCUAGGUUGAACAAAAUGAAGAAAGGGUACAGUGUCCAAAUAGGACUGGGAAAUGCAUCCACUCUGCCAGCAUGUCUUCCUAUGCAUUAGCCAAUCUUAACAAUGUACCCAUAUUAUUACAUAAGAUGCCUUUGUGGUUUGUCAUUCAGUCUGGCAAUAUUUCUUACUUGUUGACCUUUUAUGACAAAACUGAAAUUACUGGCCUUUAAGUAGGGCCACUUUGCUAAUGCUGCUCUUUGGCACGUACGGGAUCAUGGAGGAGGAGAAACAGAACUAGACCAUCUCCAGAGCUCUACCCUAUCCUGUGUUUUCUCCCCACCCUAUCCUGUGUUUUCUCCCCUCUGCCAAGACUAUAGCCUUGUGGCCCACAUGGCUGCUAACUCCACGACCCUCCCCUGUGGCAUGAUGUGAUGGGUGUCUGCUUUCAACCACCCACUGUGUGAAGAUGUUGAGCCUGCCUCUCUCUGGUGGUAACACAAGUCUAUUUCUAUCUUACUGACACCUGCAAGGUCAUUACCACUACUACGUGUGUACACUGCUCAGUUUAAUAAACAUAAGCAGUUCACUACUUUGGCUAUAUCAGCAAUCUUUUGAAAUGUUAAUAAUGUGUAUUGAAUCUGAUAUUCAAAUCUUUUAUUAGCCAAAUAUACAAACUACUCUCUGAUCAUUGCACUGCCACUGAUUCCACACAACAUAUUUCUAUAAUUUCACAGUUUAACAUUUUGGAUCCUGGAGUAUUUAUUGAAUUAUGGGGGAUUCCUGGUAACAGGUCCAUUAUUUGUUUUACAUGUGAAUGAAGGAGCACUGUUCAAGAGGCUUUUAUGUCAUUAUUUGUUUCUAGGCUAUUAAGAUGCUCAGGUAUCUUGUGACAGGUUGCAGAGAGUAUUUCUGGUAUUGGUAUUUACUGAGCUUCACAGUUAAAACAUUAUUGCUCUCCCCCCCCUGGCUGAAAGCUCCAUGUUGCCAUCUUCUGAAUUUUCCUUUUUCAGAGCUCAUACUGUGACUGUGCCAUAUGUUGAAAAUGCUGUAAAACUAAACUUUGAACAGUGUAAUUAUACAUAUAAUAUGUAUGCGUUUAUCAUACUCGUUCAGCUGUUACACUGCUUUUGACCAUCCCCUCUUUUUGUUUGCCCAUUUAAAUUCACUGUGGUUUCAAGUGCUUAAUCGUAGAAGUGUAUGUUAAGAUUAGAUAAAAAGAAAAUGUAUAAGUGAUGGAUUUGAAAUAUAAAUUUGCUGUUGAAACAGUUUCAGUUUUUUUAAAGCUAAAAAUGUAUAUACAAAAAUAAAAUAUAAAAAAUGUUUAAGUGUAUUUCUAUGUUACUGAAUAGGACACUUUUGUUUCUGAUGCAACAACCACGGUGGCUUUGAAAAAGAUAUUUUUACUAUGAAGCGGUGGGGAAGAGUGAAUGUGAUGUUAUAUGGUAUUUAUUCCAUUAUUGACUUGUAGUUGAAAAUGUGUAUAAAUUAAACAAUCUUACAUUUUUC